AUGAGACGUCGGCAAGUCGAUAUAUCAGUGGAGUAUCGAGAUGCGGGGCUGCUGGGAGCAGCGUUGGUGUACGUGCUUCAGCUGGGCGGGCUUUUCCAGUGGUCCGUCAGGCAAUCGGCGGAGGUGGAGAACCAAAUGGUGUCGGCAGAGCGCGUGCUGGGGUACUGCAAAGUGCCGCAGGAGGCUAGUUUGGAGUCGGAGCCGGGGUGCAAACCGGCGGAUGGGUGGCCAGCCAAGGGCGAUAUCGAGGUUCGCGACAUGUCUAUGCGAUACCGCGAGGACCUUCCCCCGGUGCUGAAGGGGCUGACCUUGUCCAUCAAGGGAGGGUCGAGGGUAGGAGUCGUCGGCAGGACGGGUGCGGGCAAGUCUAGCCUCAUCGCCGCACUUUUCCGGCUCGUGGAAUACGACAGGGACAGGGGAAGUAUUGAGAUUGAUGGCGUGGACAUCUCCAAGGUGGGCCUGCACGACCUGAGGCCCAGGAUGUCGGUGGUGCCCCAGACGCCGUUUCUAUUUUCCGGCUCGAUGCGGCUAAACCUCGACCCCUUCGCAAAGCAGUCAGACGCACAAAUGUGGGCCUCGCUGGAAGCAGUGCAGAUGAAGACGUACGUGCAAUCGCUGGCGGGCGGGCUAGAUGCUCCCGUCGCGGAGGGCGGCGGCAAUCUGUCCGUAGGGCAGCGGCAACUUUUGUGCCUCGCCAGGGCGGUACUCCAGAGGUCUCAAAUUCUUGUGAUGGACGAGGCCACCGCUAACAUCGACCAACACACCGACUCCCUCAUCCAAGACGUCGUGCGGACGUCGUUCAAGGGCAAGACGGUCAUCAUGGUGGCUCACCGCCUCAACACCGUUAUAGAUUGCGAUCAGGUCGUGGUGUUGUCGGAGGGCAGCGUCGUGGAAGCGGGGCACCCUCACGUGCUUCUCCGAGAUCCCCCAGCGUCCUCUGGUACCGCUGCUGCUGCCCGUGAAACCACAGCCUCGGCUGCCGCCGAUGCAACGUUGUCUUCGAUGGUUGACGAGACUGGCGUUUCCAGCGCCAAGCACCUGCGGCGCUUGGCGCAGGAAGCGUGGAAGGCGUCGGAAGGGAAGAGGGGUGGGGUGUAGCCGUUCAACAAGAGACCAUGGUAAUGACUCUCUUGCCACUUCGAGGAGUGCCGGCUGUGCCGGAGCAUGUUUCUGUUGCACUAGAAACGACGCGUGGGACACGUGGCGCAGGCAUGCGUUGGAUUCUGGCAACGAUGUGGGAACCCGUUGAAGCUUCAAAGAGACUGACUCACAACCGCCUGGCGAUGUCCACGGUGCCUCUGUGGUGCGCGUGCGCCAGUGGGUGUUCGUGUGAAGCCUUUAAGAAUGUCAAAGCGGGGACAUAACAAUGGAGGAGGGCCCACAUCAUUGUCAUUGAACUGAUGCUAUGAGCGUCGCUACGUGCAGGCCAAUAUGCGGUCAUGAUCCCCGACGCGACCUACCCAGCUGCGAAUCUCCUUCCUUUAUGCGAGCCCGGGAAUAUUUUGAACUGGUCUUGCCUUAAGCAUGGCUAUCGGAAUUGUGCAAUACGAUUAGUUUUGGGGAACGCGUGUUGAGGAGAUGGACCCUCCCCAAGAUAUUCUCGAUGGCCUCUCGGAGAGACAUCAAACG